AUGGAAAUGGAAAUUUCCACUGAAAAAUCCCUCAAGGACGAGCGUUUCGAGCUGGCCGAGUUCAGUCGCCGUCGGCUGCGGCUCCGCCUGGCCCGGGCCCGCCUGGACGACGAGGGCGGCUACUUCUGUCAGCUGUACGCCGAUGACACCCACCACCAGAUAGCCACGCUGACUGUGCUAGUGCCCCCCGAGGAGCCGCAGGUGGAGGCGGCGGCGCUGGCGGUCGAGGGGGGGGAGCUGGAGCUCACCUGUCUGGUGCCCCGGGCACGGCCCCUGGCAACGCUGCGCUGGUACCGUGACCGUGUCACCAGGUGUCACCCAGGUGUCACCCAGGUACCCCCCUCCGCCCGCAUCCACCCCUCUCAGGCCGUGCCGCGCGAAGGCGACACCUUGGUGCUCACCUGCGCCACCAACGGCAACCCUCGCCCCACGGUGGCCUGGAGCCGCGGGAACGAGUCGCUGCCGGCGCGGGCCAGGGCCGAGGGCGAGCGGCUGACGCUGCCGGCGCUGGGCCCGCAGGACAACGGCUCCUACACCUGCCAGGUGGGCAACGCCCACGGCAGGGCCGCCGACACCUACGUGCUGGUGGUGUACGACCCCGGGGCGGUGGUGGCGGCGCAGGGGGCGGGGCCGUUCGCCGUGGUGGGCGGGGCCUUCGCGCUGCUGCUGUUCCUGCUGCUGCUCCUGCUGGGGGCGCUCUUCUGGUGCUCCGUGCGGCAGAAAGGCUCGUACCUGACGCACGAGGCCAGCGGGCUGGAGGAGCACGGCGAGGCCCACCGCCUGGGUUCCCGCCGCUGUCGCCGCUGUCUGAUCACGUUUCCGGACGCGGCCUUCGCCGCCCGCCACGCCAAGCGCCAACACCCGCGAGACUUCGCGGCGGCCGCGCUGCGCGGGGCCCUGUUCGUCUGCUUCGUCUGCGCCCGCCCCUUCGGCUCCUCCCCCGCGCUGCUGCGUCACCAGCGCGGCCACGCCCACCACCACCACCACCCCGCCGCCGCCGCCGCCGCUUCCGGCCGCAAACCCGCGCCGCUUCCGCUUCCGCCGGAAGCCGCGCCCGCUCUGGCCUGCACCGAGUGCGGGCGCGCGUUCGCCCGCGAGGGGGCGCUGCACCGCCAUUACAUCCGGCACGCGCGGGGGGAGCUCUGA